AUGGCACAGCGAACGAUUCAGCUGGAUCAAGAAAAAUUGAGCUGUUCCAUCUGUCUGCAACUUUUAAAGCAUCCAGUCACUAUUCCCUGUGGGCACAGCUACUGCAUGGACUGUAUCAAAAACUACUGGGAUGAGAAGGAAACACACAGCUGCCCUCAGUGCAGAGAGAUUUUCACACCGCGGCCUGUUCUGGUGAAGAACACCAUGUUAGCUGAGUUAGUGGAGGACCUAAAGAAAGUAGAACAUCUGACAGCUUCACCUGAUCAUGCCUAUCCUGGACCUGGAGAUGUGGCCUGUUCUGGGAGGAAGCGGAAAGCCUCCAAGUCCUGCCUGAUGUGUAUGGCCUUUUACUGUGAGCAUCACCUGCAGCCUCACUACAACGUAGCUCCAAUAAAGAGACACAAGAUCAUUAAAGCCACUUCAAAGCUUCGGGAGAACAUCUGCCCUCGCCACGAUGAGGAGAUGAAGAUCUUCUGCUGCACUGAUCAGCAGUGUGUCUGUUGUCUCUGCUUAAUGGAUGAACACAAAGACCAUGUCACAGUGUCGCCUGCAGUGGAAAGAGCUGAGAAGCAGAAAAGGCUUGGAAGAAAUCGACAAAAAUUUCUUCAAAGAAUUCAGGAAAGAGAGAAAGAUGUGAAGAUGCUUCGUCGAAGAGGGGAGGCUAUCAAUCUUUCUGCUGAUAAAGCUUUCAGAGAAUGUGAUAAGGCUUUCAAAGAUUUGAUCAGUCUCAUUGAGAAAAAAAACUCUGAAGGGAAGCAGAAGAUCAGAUCCAAACAAAAAGCCGAACAGGACAGAGUCAAAGAGCUUCAGGACAAAAUAGAGCAGGAGAUCAGAGAUCUGAGGAGGAGAGACACUGCACUGCAGCAGCUCUCACUGACAGAGGAUCACCUCCAUUUUCUGAAAAACUACUCCUCACUGUCACAUCUGAGUGCAUCUACAAACGUACCCACCUACAACAAUCUUACUCUGCAGUACUUUGAGGAUGUGACUCCAUCUGUGUCACGGACCAGAGAUAAACACCUUCAGCCUCACUACAACGUAGUUCCUUUAAAGAAACACAAACUCAUCGAUGCCACUUCAAAGCUUCAGGAGAACAUCUGCCCUCACCAUGAUGAGGUGAUGAAAAUCUUCUGCCGCACUGAUCAGCAGUGUAUCUGUUAUCUCUGCUUAAUUGAUGAACACAAAGACCAUGUCACAGUGUCAGCUGCAGCAGAAAGAGUUGAGAAACAAAAAGAGCUUGAAACAAAUCGACAAAAUGUCCAACAGAGAAUCCAGAACAGACGGAAAGAUGUGAAGGUGCUUCAAGAGCAAGUUGAGGCUAUCAGUCUUUCUUCGGAUAAUGUUUUGAGGCAAAGUGCAAAGAUGUUCCAAGAUUUGAUCAGUCUCAUUGAGAAAAAAAGCUCUGAGGUGAAGCAGAAGAUCAAAUCCAAGCAAAAAUUUGAACAGAACAGAGUCAAAGAGCUUCAGGAGAAAAUAGAGCAGGAGAGACACUGA